AUUAGCUCAUUCCUAAUCAUAGAGAUAUAAUAUAUUAUCAACAUGUUUAAACAAGGAAGACACGUUGUGUUGAUUCUUCUCUUCUUUAUUCUUUCAUUUUUCAUUGGUGCUAAUGGGAAGCACUUUGUGCUUGUUCAUGGAGCUUUCCAUGGUGCAUGGUGUUGGUAUAAGGUUGCAACUAUGCUUAAAUUAGCUGGUCAUAAUGUUACAACUAUUGACUUGGCUGCUUGUGGUAUCAGUCCAAUCCAGGUUCAAGAGAUUCAUUCAAUUUCACAAUAUUAUGAACCUUUCAUGACAUUUAUGGAAUCUCUUCCUCCAAAGGAGAAGGUGAUUCUUGUGGGUCAUAGUUUUGGAGGGAUACCCUUAUCUGUUGCUAUGGAAAAAUUCCCUAAGAAAAUUUCUGUUGCAGUUUUUAUCACUGCAUUGGUGCUUAGUGAAAAUCUUAAUUUCACAAGUUUUAAUCAAGAGAAUUCCACUCGACAGGGAGAAUCCCAAUUAUUCUUCUCAAAUGGGAUAAAUAAUCCUCCAACUGCCUCAUUGUGGGGACCCAAAAUCAUGUCAUCUAAUCUAUAUCAAUUAUCUCCUCAUGAGGAUUUGACACUUGGAUUAUCGUUGGUGAGGCCACAUCCUAUCUUUAAUGACAAAAAACUAUUGUUGAAAGAAACAAGAGUUACCAAACAUAGGAAUGGAAGGGUGCCUAAAGCCUUCAUCAUCAGCAAAGAAGAUAAUUUGUUGACAGAGGAUUUUCAAAUAUGGAUGAUUGAGAAUACUCGUCCAUAUGUUGAGGUGAAAGUGAUAAAGGAUUCAGAUCACAUGGUCAUGUUUUCUAAACCAGAAAAGCUCACCUCUCACAUUCUAAAAGUUGCUCGCAAAUACUGACAAGGAUUUUCAAUUCAUUGGUGUUUUUAAUCAACAGUUUAAGAUUUCCAUCUUUAUUAGUUUGUGAUUUUAUUGAUGUUCUGUAUUAUUUUUAAAAUAAUUGGAGUAUGGUGAAAUUAUUAUAAUUGACACUAAUGAUCAUUUCAUUAAAA